AUGAGAGGAUCAUUACGUGAGGUCGUCAAUGAAUUGACAAAUAGAACAUUUAGCUCCAAGUUAAACCAGGCAGAGAAUGAAGAUAUAAUGAAUCAGGCGGUAAACAUAAUGAAUUCUCCACCUAGCAAUCACAGCGAAUUCGUAUUCAAGCUCGCUGUGUAUGAAUUACCUGAAGAUGACUCAUCCGAUCCAAAUUCAUCCUUAGAAAAUGUAAGCUCUGAUAGGAAAGCAAGGAAUGGCAAUGCAGUAAGAAAAAGAGAAAAGAGAAAUGGUCGCAAGAAAAAUCUAUUACUAUCCGAUUUAUUACAUAUCAAUGACCCGGUCCGAAUGCCAUGGAUCCGAUUGAUCAUAAACAAUCUACUGAGUGAACGGCAACGUCUGUUCAAAAACAAAAAAAUGAAAGGUAAAGAAGCAACAAAGAAUCGUAGAACAAACACAAAACAUACUCGUUCCGGGUCAAUAAAUUCAGAACAUGCAGACGACCCUCACGUUGAGGACGGCUUGAUUUUUUCUAAGAAUAUUAUAAGCAAAACUUUAUCUAAACGAUAUCCAGUCAAUAAUAAAAAUAAUGGACUGGGGGCAAAUCGCAUAUUUUCUGACCUCUUAAGUGUAAGAGAUGCUGUAGGGAUGCCGUGGAUGAGAAUAAUCGUAGAUGAUAUUAAGGGAGACAGAGGCAACGUAUUAGGAAACAUCACUAAUAAACUGGUGAGCUCUUAUUCUAACAUGAGCGUAAAUAAUGAGAUGCAUUGCGAAGAAAAUAUGAAUGACACGAAGAGUUCGAAAUAUUGGUCUAAGAAAAAGUGCAUGAAACCGGCCACAGAUGUUUCCAUUAAAGACGUGAUAAGUAACAUGAGCCGUAACAGAUCAGUAUGGUCGCUAUUAGGAAGGAGAUGGUUCCUUAAUCCACAAAAUUUUACAAAAAAGCCCAAAAUACAAAGUCUGGUGAUCUCUUCCACAGAAAAUUAUGAUGGAAAGUCUGAUCAAGAUAAUAUCAAAAAAUUAAAUGUUACCUCAAAUUUUCGGAGUUUUAAGAAAUACAACCAUACGAAGCCUCUGAAAAAUACCAAGAAGUUACCGGUAUCUAAUGGAAGUCCCCUUUCCACUGCAACUGCUAUUAAAAAUAAUACACGUAGAAGACCAACAAAAGGAGGAGGAUAUAGAAAACCGAAUCAUACGAAGGUUCCAACAAUGACUAAGAAUUUACCAAUUAAAUCUACCCGCCCCUACUCCACUUCAGUGACUGUAACUAAAGAAGAAUCAAGAAAACCCUAUAAAGGUGGAUAA